AUGGGUGUCGCUCAUGUCACUCGUUGCCCCGCUGUGGCUGGGGGUCUCCUUAUGAAGACGAAGCUGCUCUUGGCCCUGGCAGGGGUCGUCGUCACUCUUGUCCUGGCCCAGCCUUGUGUGGGCACUGCCCCAGCUUCCCCCAGGGCAGUGGAGACCUCGGUCCUUCAGAGCUGCAUGACAGAGGCCAAGUUGCUGGUGGAUGCCGCCUACAAUCAGACUCAGAGGAGCAUCAAGCAGCGCCUUCGCAGCGGCUCUGCCAGCCCCGCGGACCUCCUGUUCUACUUCAAACAACCGGUAGCGGCCACUAGGACAGUCGUUCAGGCUGCCGAUUAUAUGCACGUGGCCUUGGGGCUGCUGGAAGAGAAGUUGCAACUCCAGGAGUCCUUCAAUGUCACUGAUGUGCUAACGGAACCCCAGCUGUGGCUGCUGUCCAAGGCCAGUGGCUGUGCCGUCCAGGGCCAGGAGGAGGCGUGCAGUAGCAAGUAUCGCACCAUCACCGGGAGAUGCAACAACAGGAAGAGACCCUGGUUGGGGGCCUCCAACACCCCCCUGGCUCGCUGGCUGCCGGCCGAGUAUGAGGACGGGCGGUCGCUCCCCUACGGCUGGAACCCUGGCAAGAGGCGCAGUGGCUUCCUCCUCCCUCUUGUCCGGGCAGUGUCUAACCAGAUCGUGCGCUUCCCAAGAGAAAGGCUGGCCUCCGACCAGGGCCGGGCCCUCAUGUUCAUGCAGUGGGGCCAGUUCAUCGACCAUGACCUGGACUUCACCCCUGAGACCCCAGCCAGAGUGGCCUUCAGUGCAGGCGUUGACUGUGAGAAGACCUGUGCCCAGCUACCCCCCUGCUUCCCCAUCAAGAUUCCGGCCAAUGACCCCCGAAUCAAGAACCAGCGAGACUGCAUCCCCUUCACCCGUUCGGCGGCCUCCUGCCCCCAAAACAGGAACAUCAUUCGGAACCAGAUCAAUUCACUCACCUCCUUCUUGGACGCCAGCAUGGUAUAUGGCAGCGAGGUCUCCCUCGCCCUGCGCCUCCGCAAUCAGACCAACUACCAUGGGCUACUGGCCAUCAACCAACGUUUCAGGGACAAUGGCCGGGCCCUGUUGCCCUUCGACAAUCUGCACGACGACCCCUGCCUCCUCACCAACCGCUCGGCGCGCAUCCCCUGCUUCCUGGCAGGUGACUCUCGAUCAAGCGAAACCCCCUUCCUGGCAGCUAUGCACACCCUCUUUAUGAGGGAGCACAACCGGCUGGCUACUGAGCUGAGACGCCAGAAUCCCCAGUGGACUGGAGACAAGCUCUACCAUGAGGCUCGGAAGAUUGUGGGGGCCAUGGUCCAGAUCAUCACCUACCGAGACUAUCUGCCCCUGGUUCUGGGCAAGGAGCGGGCCAGGAGAACCCUGGGGUCCUACAGGGGGUAUUGCUCCAAUGUGGACCCUCGUGUGGCCAAUGUCUUCACCCUGGCCUUCCGCUUUGGGCACACCAUGCUCCAGCCCUUCUUGUUCCGCUUGGACAGCCGAUACCAGGCCUCAGCACCCAAUUCCCGUGUCCUGCUCAGCUCUACCUUCUUUGCCAGCUGGCGAGUUGUGCAUGAAGGUGGCAUCGACCCCCUCCUCCGGGGCCUCAUGGCCACCCCAGCCAAGCUGAACCGGCAGGAUUCCAUGUUAGUGGAUGAGCUCCGGGAUCAGCUGUUUCGGCAAGUGAGAAGGAUCGGGCUGGACCUGGCGGCUCUCAACAUGCAACGCAGCCGGGACCAUGGUCUCCCAGGGUACAAUGCUUGGCGGCGCUUCUGUGGGCUCUCCCAGCCCAGGAAUCUGGCACAGCUUAGUCGAGUGCUGAAAAACCACGGUUUAGCAAGGAAGUUCCUGCAGCUGUACGGGACUCCUGACAACAUUGACAUCUGGAUGGGGGCCAUUGCUGAGCCUCUUUUGCCGGGGGCCCGCGUGGGGCCGCUUUUGGCUUGUCUUUUUGAGAACCAGUUCACAAGAGCCCGAAGUGGAGACAGGUUCUGGUGGGAGAAACAAGGUGUUUUCACCAAGAGUCAGCGCAGAGCCCUGAGGCAGAUUUCCUUGUCUCGAAUUGUGUGUGACAAUACCGGUAUCACCGUGGUUCCAAAGGACAUCUUCAGGGCCAACACCUACCCCCGGGGCUUUGUGCAUUGCAGCCAAAUCCCCAGGUUGAACCUGUCAGCCUGGAAAGGCAAAUGAGGCCUCUGCAGGUAAGGGGAGGCUUUCCCCAAGAGCCCUGGGUGGGAUCAGGCCCUCACUUCCUUCUCCAGAUGGGAUGGCUGAGUCCUCUUAGGCCUCUAAGCAGGGACAACAGAACUUGUCACUGGGGGCAGGGUACUCUUUCCUAGUGGCCUCCCAGUAUGCUAGCUUCUGGGCUGACAGUUAAUCCCAUCCAGGGCCUAGAACUUUGGGGGGGAUGUUUAGGAAGGACCCAGCUAGCCUUGGCUUAGUCAUAAACACCCUGAAACAGCUCAUCUCUGGAUGUCCAGCAAGUUCCUCACAUGUCCACUUCUGCUGCUUCCGCAGGACUCUGUCCCAAGCCCCUGACCUUGGAGAGAGGGAAGCUGGGGAAGACCACGAGUUUACUUUUUCCCCUGGAACAAACCAUAUCCUGAUGCUUUUGCUGGCUGCAGCUCUGAGCUGGUUCUCUGGCUAGGAGGGAUAGCUAGGGUGCCCAGCAGCAAUGAACCUGCCUUGGGAGCCAAACAAUGAGGUUUUGGAGCCUAUGCAAGAUGUUAACUGGAGGGUUUCUAGCCAUUUUCUUACUGUUCCCAGCCCAUCCCUGACUUCUGCCCAUGACUGGGAGGCCCCACAGUCCUCCUCGGAGCCUGCAGGCUGGGUGGCCUGCUCUGCUUCUGCCAAUAAAACACUGCUGAGGGCAGGAGCCAGUCUCUGCUUUGGGCUACGGAGGGUGUGGCCUCCUCCCAUGCUUUGCUGUGCUUGUUAAGGGGACUGCUGCUAAGGCCCAGCUGCACUCGCCUCUAAGCCUCUCCUGGGGGCUGAGUUAAGAGAAUCAAAAGAAACACUCUGGAGUAGAAAAGAGCAG